AUGCCUCCCAAGAAAAAGUCCAAGGUUGAUCUGUCGCAUCUGCGCUCUCUUGUCCAUCAGGAGAACGCACCUGCUCCGCUUACAGCUGAUCACAUCAAAAAUAUGAUGAUCCCGUCGAGCUUCAAGGCACACCAGUAUAUAAUGUCUCUGUGGGCAGACUAUUCCUUCGCUAGCUUGCAGCAACGAGAACAGGGCAGCUAG